CCUCCUCCCAACAUGCUCUCCCUCGCCAUAUCCCUUCUCCUCCUAGCAACCGCUCUUGCACAGGGCACAGGCGGGUCAAACGUCACGUGCACAUACGCUUUCUGGGAAUUUAACGCCGCUGGUCAAUCGCCUUGUUUUGUAUGGGGACAGGUGCAGAGCUUGUGCAUCACGGGAGGAUUGACCGUUACUCCUCUACUUAAUGCUAGUUAUCAAUAUUCCCCACCGAGUUUGAGUGGUCAGGUAAACGACUGCAACUGCAAUGUCGUAUCAUACAACCUCAUGGCUGCUUGCUCCUGGUGUCAACCCAACAUUUUCACUAACAACUGGGUCACGGAAGCCCAAUGGAAACAGGGUUGCACGAAUUACGACUCCACGGGUAUCACGGGGGAGAACGUCAAUGCCAUCGGUAUCCCCUCCUGGGCGUAUUUGCCAGAUAACGGCGCUACCUGGGACCCCGAUACCGCAGAGGCAGCAUACAACGCCUCCCUGACCGCGACUACCACGUCGCACUCGACGUCCACGAGCCCCUCUGCUUCUACUUCCCCGACGACAUCGUCCUCCAGCUCUACGGCGACCAACUCUGCUGCCGGAGUUGUAGGAUCUGGCGGGUCGAGCGGUUCAAGUCACUCCAAUACCGGCGCUAUCGUCGGUGGUGUCGUGGGGGGAAUCGCACUUCUUAUCAUAAUCGCCCUCGCAAUCUGGUACUUCGUCAGGCGCAACCGGGCUGGCACGGCCGCGGCUGCAGCAGCAGGCGGGGCUUAUGGGCCCGCACCCACCACACCCCAGAUGGCACAGUACCCUCCACCCCAAGGCGAGCCAUACGGUCCUCCUCCUACCUCUCCCUUCCCACCCGGCAGCACCCCCAGUCCCUUCCCCUACCAGCCAAGCACAUCAGGAGGGUACGACGGGACUGCUCCGACGAGCUAUACUGGCAGCCCCCCGCCCGUUGCGCCGGGGGGAUAUUACGCCCAGCCAGCGUUCGGAGAGGGGUAUGGCGCCCAGCCUGGCUACGGAGGACCGCAGUCCACCUUUGGGGGAAGCCAGGCCACCGCGGGGAGGUAUACUGGUUUGCCGGAGGCGUAACCUCAUGGACAAUUGUCGUCCGUUUUCUGUUAACAACGUCUUCUUUCUGUGCUCUACUGUUAAGUGACAAUGGAGCGUACAUCUUCUUCUUCCUCUGUUCAAAUCUUGUUUAAAGUGUGUUGUUGUCUUCCCUGUCGUGUUUUCUUUUGGUCGGUGUUUGGGUGUAACUUAGGUAUGUGAAACAUGAAAACUACGUUUGCUUCAAUUCUAUGUCUAUCUGUUGUGCUUAGAUGGACUGGGAUCGUACAAUCACAGUCGCGUAUUUA